AUGUCACUUUCGACGUUGCCGGUUCGACAAGCGUAUGAAGCUGAGCGAAGCGCGGAGCUGACAUUCGACGAUGUCGCCGUCGUCAUUGCCAGUCACAAUGACGGCGACGACAUCGUCGUCUACAAUGUCCACGAGAAAAAGGGGAACAGCGGCGUCGGGGUCAACGGCGUCGCAAACAAUGGCACCGGCGCCGCAAACAGCGGCACCGGAGACAGCGGCGUCGGGGUUAGCGGCGCCGCAAACAGUGGCACCGGGGACAGCGGCACCGGGGACAGCGGCACCGGCGACAGCGGCGUCGGGGUUAGCGGCGCCGCAAACAGUGGCACCGGCGCCGCAAACAGCGGCACCGGGGACAGCGGCGGCGGGACCAUGGUUUGGGUUUAG